GAGAAGCCCAGAGAGGGAAAGAGGAGCUACUGAGAUAGGAGAAAUGCAGGGACAGGGAGGUGAGAUGGAGGGAAACCUCUGAUGCAGGAUUUGGGGGUACAGCCCUGGCUCUGCUGGAUGGUUCCAGGAGAGGGCAGCGUUGACUGUCACCUGGUAAAUUAAGGCACGAUACCCUGUGGAUUGUCAUGCCAGCCAGCCAAAGUCAAUAUUGAUAUCAAGGUAGCUGUAGCUAUAAAGCUGUAGGAGAGAAAAGAGGCAGGGGAGAGGCUGCCAAACCUGUUUGAUCUUCAAGCUGGCCCCAUUUGCCUAAGGCUUCUUUUGGACACAGACCAGUUGGAACAGGAGAGGACCCUGAGAAGUAGAGCUGUUUUGAUCCCCUCCCCUCAGUGGGAAGGGGUCCUGUGUGCAGAUUUUGAGGGUCACCAUGAGGGAAUUCACACACACACACAGGCAUGGAAUCAGACCUUUAUAGGAUGUUACAGUUCAAGAGAACGAACACCAAAGAUAGCGUUUCUGUCGGGAGGAGAGAAAAAGGCCUUCCCACAGGCAGGAGAAAACCCACAGAAGAGGAAGCACAAGAGGAAACCACCAACUGCUGGUUUCCAGCAGCACAUCACGUCACUCCACCCCACUCCUCCCCCACGUCUCUCCCUUUAAGUUUCAAGCCCUGUUUUGCUUCUGUGUUCUUGCACUCCACCACGGUUUUCUGGAACUGUAGGUCUUUUGUUGGACAGAGGGUGAUGAGGAGGAUAGAGAAGGGAUGGUUGGACAGGAGAGAAAUUCAGGAUAUGGAGGCUGGAAUUCUGGGUUUAUUUUUUCAGCAGGUCAUAAAGGUUUAAUAGAAAUCAAGGUUACUGGGGAGAGAGCUGCUCCUCCUAUGUCCUCCCUGCUUAUUUAUUUAGGUGUCCCCAAGGACUCCACUCCCACUAUUCUGUCUGAUAUUUCUUUAUCCCCAUGACAGGACCAGCUAACAACACCCCUACCCCACCCCCUAUACACAGACUUCAGGAUCGGGGCAGCUCUAUCCCAGGGCCAUGAUAAUUCCACCCCUCUGCCCCAUCUCCAAGGCAACCUGUCAGAAGAGGACAAAGGGCACAGGAAGGGGCCCCAGUAGGAAGCAUAAGUGGAAGCACAAAGCUGACCAAGCUACCGGAACAGACCUCUCCCUGCAACAAAGUCCCUUGCCUCGGCUUUAUGUUUCCUUCGCAAAAGACUUAGUCAUCUCCCUUCCCAUCCCUAACUCUUUCUUUUUCUUUUCUUCUUCUUCUUCUUUUUUUUUUUUUUCUUUUUUAAGAUGGAGUUUUGCUCUUAUUGCCCAGGCUGGAGUGCAAUGGCACCAUCUCGGCUCGCUGCAACCUUCACCUCCCGGGUUCAAGCAAUUCUCCUGCCUCAGCCUCCUGAGUUACUGGGAUUACAGGCACCCACCACCAUGCCUGGCAAAUUUUUGUAUUUUUAGUAGAGACGGGGUUUCAUCAUGUUGGCCAGUCUGGUCUCGAACUCCCUGACCUCAGGUGAUCCACCCCCCUUGGCCUCCUAAAGUGUUGGGAUUACAGGUGUGAGCCACCUCGCCCGGCCCCUAACUACUUUCUAUGCCCAAUCCCAAGUCUAGCCACAAGGACUGCAAGUCCUAGUGCUGAGCUGGGCCCGGAGACAGUAGACUGUGGGGGGCACAGGACCUACUGAGACACCAGUCUGGGCAGCUCAGGGAGUGCUGGCAUCACCCCUUCCCUAAUCCCAGGCUGCAUGGCUAAUGGUUCCUAUCUGCAGUCCCAGCCUUCCACUUCCGAGUUCUUCUCUCAGACCACAGUCCCAGCAACCCAGAAUUUGGAUUGCAGUCUGGAAGAAAUGCAGAAGGAUUAAACGACCACCUUUCCAUUAGAAGGCCCCAUCCCUUAAUCUUCACGGGUGUGCCCAAGCUGUUAGUGUCAAGUUUUUUGUAUGAGGGUCAGUCGGGUUGUACUCAGAUUAAUGAAGCAGGGAAACUGAGGCAGAAAAGUGUCCUGUGUUCAGGAGAGGUUGGAGAAACAAGGAGGUUUUCAGGACUCCUCCUUAACACUCCCAUCCCCAUCCUGUGGGAGAUCCGAGGAUUCCCCUUCCGGACCCACUCCCUACAUCGUCGAGUCCCGCCCCCCUCCAGUCCCCUCCCCAGGUUCAGGGCGGGGCCGGUCGGUGAGUCAGCGGCUCUCUGAUCCAGCCCGGGAGGGGACCGAGCUGGAGGAGCUGGGUGUGGGGUACCUUGGGCUGGUGGGGAGGCCGAGUUUGGGAGCAAGUGGGGUCUGAUUGAGCUUGUGUUGCGCUGAAGGGACAGCCCUGGGUCUAGGGGAGAGAAUCCCUGAGUGUGAGACCCGCCUUCCCCGGUCCCAGCCCCUCCCAGUUCCCCCAGCGACGGCCACUUCCUGGUCCCCGACGCAACCAUGGCUGAAGAACAACCGCAGGUCGAAUUGUUCGUGAAGGCUGGCAGUGAUGGGGCCAAGAUUGGGAACUGCCCGUUCUCCCAGAGACUGUUCAUGGUACUGUGGCUCAAGGGAGUCACCUUCAAUGUUACCACCGUUGACACCAAAAGGCGGACCGAGACAGUGCAGAAGCUGUGCCCAGGGGGGCAGCUCCCAUUCCUGCUGUAUGGCACUGAAGUGCACACAGACACCAACAAGAUUGAGGAAUUUCUGGAGGCAGUGCUGUGCCCUCCCAGGUACCCCAAGCUGGCAGCUCUGAACCCUGAGUCCAACACAGCUGGGCUGGACAUAUUUGCCAAAUUUUCUGCCUACAUCAAGAAUUCAAACCCAGCACUCAAUGAUAAUCUGGAGAAGGGACUCCUGAAAGCCCUGAAGGUUUUAGACAAUUACUUAACAUCCGCCCUCCCAGAAGAAGUGGAUGAAACCAGUGCUGAAGAUGAAGGUGUCUCUCAGAGGAAGUUUCUGGAUGGCAACGAGCUCACCCUGGCUGACUGCAACCUGUUGCCAAAGUUACACAUAGUACAGGUGGUGUGUAAGAAGUACCGGGGAUUCACCAUCCCCGAGGCCUUCCGGGGAGUGCAUCGGUACUUGAGCAAUGCCUAUGCCCGGGAAGAAUUCGCUUCCACCUGUCCAGAUGAUGAGGAGAUCGAGCUCGCCUACGAGCAAGUGGCCAAGGCCCUCAAAUAAGCCCCUCCUGGGACUCCCUCAACCCCCUCCGUUUUCUCCACAAAGGCCCUGGUGGUUUCCGCAUUGCUACCCAAUGGACACACUCCAAAAUGGCCAGUGGGCAGGGAAUCCUGGAGCGCUUGUUCCGGGAUGGUGUGGUGGAAGAGGGGAUGAGGGAAAGAAAUGGGGGGCCUGGGUCAUAUUUUUAUUGUGGGGUGGGAUGGGUAGGACAACAUAUUUCAGUAAUAAAAUACAGAAUAAAAAUCAA